AUGUUCAUGACGUCAUUAGCCUAAUGCUGACGCUGCUCCUACUUACUAGGGGGUAGUGUGUUAACUGCAGUAUUAUACAGAUUUAACACUUAAUCAUACUAUAUUACCAGCCUGCAAAAUGAGCACGAUGUUUGCAGAUACGAUUCUGAUUGUGUUUAUAUCUAUUUGUACAGCAUUAUUAGCGGAAGGAAUAACAUGGGUUCUGGUGUACCGUACAGAUAAGUACAAAAGAUUAAAGGCCGAGGUUGAAAAGCAAAGUAAAAAACUGGAGAAAAAGAAGGAGACAAUUACAGAAUCAGCAGGGCGUCAGCAGAAGAAAAAAAUUGAGAGACAAGAAGAGAAACUCAAGAACAAUAACAGAGACCUGUCUAUGGUACGGAUGAAGUCCAUGUUUGCCAUUGGCUUUUGCUUCACAGCGUUGAUGGGCAUGUUUAAUUCCAUCUUUGAUGGUCGUGUUGUGGCCAAACUUCCUUUCGUCCCUUUGUCUUACAUCCAAGGCCUCUCGCACCGUAAUCUCCUUGGUGAAGAUUACACUGACUGUUCUUUCAUCUUCCUCUACAUCUUGUGCACCAUGUCAAUUAGACAGAAUAUCCAGAAGAUGCUGGGUCUUGCUCCCUCACGUGCCGCCACUAAACAAGCUGGUGGAUUUUUAGGACCUCCUCCACAAGCUGCCAAGUUUUCGUGAACAUGUGUAAAAUAGUGAGAUUCAUACAUAAUAAGAGGCCAUGUGCUGUACGUUAUGUAAAGGAAACACAUACGGUGAAAGUGUGUUAAUCAGGUGCAGCUACAUGUGGUGACCACAGAAGACGGCUAACUUUUUUUCUUUCUUUUUUUUUUGAGUUUUUUUGAGUUAAAGAAUGUGUUUGUAACUUAUAUGUAGUCAGAUUUUUAACAGAAAAUCUUCAGUUAGCAGAUGUAAUUAUAAAUGUGAAUUCAGUCAUCAGCAUUUAUGUACAUUUUUAUUUGCAUAUGCAUAUCCAUAAUUGCAAAAUUUUGAUUGCUCAAAGGUUUGAAAAAGGUUUCUUACCUCUUUCUCUAACUAAUAUAAUUUUAUGAUUAUCUUUAAGCUAUAUUAAUUCAUAUUAGGCUGAGAUAUAUUAUUGAUUCAUUUCUUAUAGUGACAAAUAAAAUAAUGAAUAUUUGACCCCUGAAUAUUUAGGAUAUGUUUCUAUGUUCUGUAUUGUGUAUGUAAUCUUUUAUUUAUGUGACAUAAAUUACUUUUGUGACCUUACAUUUUGUUUUUCUGUAGUCUUUGUUUUAAAUAUCACUGAUUAAGUAUGCAAGAAAGGGCUAUUCAUUGUUUUGCAAUUUGGAGUAAAGUAUUACGUUUUAGCCCUGCAUAUCCCCCAUUAUCCCACAUUAUAAAGUUUAUUUUGUAUUGCUGGUAUACAGUAAAGGGUUUAUGUACAACAAACUGCAACAGAACAAAAUGACUAAAUGCCAAAAAUUGUGAACUUGUUUGGCUGGUUUUUGUUGCUUUACAUUUCAUGUUAUAGUUCUGUACAAUAAAUAGCUUAUAUUAA